AUGAGUCCCUCCGCAGCUGUGAUCCUCAAUGUCGCUCAACUGGAUGCCGCGCGCCAUGCCCAGCUUGACGCUCUCUUGUCGGCAUACUCGGCCCUCACUGAGGCUGAAAAAGCCCAGCAACGCGACUCAUAUGUAACUGAAGCAUUUACCCUAUGCUUCUCUAGCCAUAGCGUGGCCCCGGGGGCCAGCGGGUACGAGACCCAGCGUCAGAUGCCUUGGUCCACCAAUUGCUGGCUUCAGCCUCGAGUGAUCGUCUCUCCAUCAUCAGCGCCGCAGGUUGCGACUGCCCUUGCUUUGUGUCGAUUCUUCCACGUGAAGUUCUCCAUCCGCGGUGGGGGCCGACUGCAGAUCCCUGGGUUCACCAGCAAUGAGGGCGGCGUGGUCAUUUCACUGAGCAACUUCAAUCAGGUCGAGCUGUCAGGCGAUAAGACAGUUGCCAAGAUUGGCGUGGGAUUGCGAUGGCUCGAAGUCUACAGGAAUCUGGAGGCUCACAAUCUGGUGGUUGCUGGAGGCCGAGUCCCGGAUGUUGGUGUGCCUGGUUUACUGCUUGGUGGUGGAAUAUCCUUUCAGAACAGCCAGUAUGGCUUGGGUGCUAUGAACGUGUGCAACUAUGAGGUUGUUCUCGCCGACUCACAGGUUGUCAACGCCAAUGCGUUAGAGAACAGCGACCUCUUUUGGGCGCUGAAAGGAGGUGGUCCCAACUAUGGCAUCGUCACCCGGAUGGACAUGGUGACUAUCCCCAACCAGAUCUGGGCGGAGGUUCAGAUCUACCCGCCCACGGCCAGCGCGCAGCUGCUUGACGCGCUGAUGCAAUAUCAUCAAGCUAUCGAGACCGACAACAAGGCGACGCUGAUCUGGAACGCCACCAACGAAUUCAUCCUCCUCGUCUUCGUGUACUGCGCCCCGGUUGAACGCCCCGCGGUCUUCGAGCCCUUCUACAACAUUCCGUCUGCAGCGACGUUUGUCCCUGCCGGCGUGCGGUCGGUGUAUGACUUGGUCCAGGCCGUCGCGUCGGUCAACGAAGCCGAGCCAACUCUCCACGAAUUCCGAACCAUGUCCAGCCGACCGAGCCUGGAAGUGUAUCGCGCAGUCGAGAAAGCCCACGCAGAGCAGGCAGCGCUACUGAAAGACGUCGAGGGGCUGACCCUGACGACCGUCAUCCAGCCCAUGUCCUCACUCGCGAUGCAGGUCAGCGCCAAUAGUCCCCUGGGCCUGGAGCCAGUCGGGCAGCAAUGGUUCCUGGCGCGAGCCGAUUGGAAGAACGUCAAAGACCAAGAGCGAGUGCGGCAAGCGAUCAGCUCGAUUGUGGAUGCAGCGGAAACAUCGGCCAGGGAACAGGGGGUGUAUCUCCCGUACAAGUACUCCAACUAUGCCUCACGCGAUCAGGAUCCGCUGUCGAGUUAUGGGGCCGAGAAUGUGCGCCGGCUGGGGGAGAUAGCCCGGAAGUAUGAUUCGGAUGCGGUGUUUCAGGUGCUGCAGAAUGGGGGGUGGUUGCUUAGCAAGGGGGGAUGGAAGGUGGAUGCGCGUGAUGCAUAAAUUGCACGAUGGGAGAUUGGGGCGCCCUGCCCUAAGCUAUAGCCCUACUUGUCCUCCCCAUGGUGCAAUACCUCUACUAUCGAACACCACGCAGACCGAUAACUGACUGCUCACGACGCAUGAAUGACACACGCCUUGUCCUCACUCCUUCAUUCCUCAUAUAAACAAAUCAUGCAAGAAAGUCAAAGUGGCGUCCUCUGUCAGCAAUGACUUCAUUACCCCUUGAACCAACCAUGACAUCACCUCCAUCCUCCUCCCG